AGAGGGGCGGGAGGAGGCGAGGAGGAGGGGACCUGGCCUCUCUUUAGCGGCUCCCCUCGGCUCCGCGCACCCACGCCUCGCCGCUCCGCUUCCUGCCCCCACCCGGGGAUGCGCCCCCCGCGCCCGCGGCCCCCUAGAGCCCGCGCCGCCGUCCGAAGCCUCCCCAGAGCCCGCCGCGCAGGAUGGGCGCCCCCGGCCCCGCGCCGCUGUCGCUGCUGCUAAUGCUGGGCAUCGGGUGCUGUGCCCGGGAGGUGCUGGUCCCUAAGGGGCCCCUGUACCGUGUGGUUGGCACCACUGUCUUCAUCCCCUGCAAUGUGAGUGGCUAUGAGGGCCCUGCCCAGCAAGACUUCGAGUGGUUCCUGUACAGGUCUGAGGCCCCAGAGGUUGCCCUGAGCAUAAUCAGCACAAGAGAUGCCCAGUUCUCCUACGCUGUGUUUGCGCCCCGAGUGGCAGCUGGAGAGGUGCAGGUGCAGCGUCUCCGGGGUGAUGCCGUGCUGCUGAGGAUUGCCCACCUGCAGGCCCAGGAUGCAGGCGUUUACGAGUGUUACACUCCCUCCACCGAUGCCCGCUACCUCGGCAGCUACAGCGGCAAGGUGGAGCUGAGAGUUCUUCCAGAUACGCUGCAGGUGUCUCCUGCGCCCCCGGGGCCCCGAGGCCGCCAGGCCCCAACCUCGCCCCCACGCCUGACUGUGUACGAGGGGCAGGAGCUGGCCCUGGGCUGCCUGGCGCGGACAAGCACACAGGAGCACACACACAUGGCUGUGUCCUUUGGGCGAGCGGUGCCCGAAGCGCCAGUGGGCCGAGCGACUCUGCAGGAAGUGGUGGGACUGCGAUCUGACCUGGCUGUGGAGGCCGGGGGACCCUAUGCCGAGCGACUGACUGCUGGGGAGCUGUAUCUGAGCAAGGGAGGGGCUGACCGGUACCGCAUGGUGGUGGGAGGCACACAGGCAGGGGACGCAGGCACCUACCACUGUACUGCCGCGGAGUGGAUUCAGGAUCCUGAUGGCAGCUGGGCCCAGAUUGCGGAGAAAAGGGCUGUCCUGGCCCAAGUGGAUGUGCAGACGCUGUCCAGCCAGCUGGCAGUGACAGUGGGCCCUGGAGAACGCCGCGUCGGCCCAGGGGAACCCUUGGAACUGCUGUGCAAUGUGUCUGGGGCGCUGCCCCCGCAGGGCCGCCAUGCUGCCUACUCCGUGGGUUGGGAGAUGGCACCCGCAGGGGCACCUGGGCCUGGCCGCCUGGUAGCCCAGCUGGACACAGAAGGGGUGGUUAGCCUGGGCCCUGGCUAUGAGGGCCGGCACAUUGCCAUGGAGAAGGUGGCAUCCAGAACCUACCGUCUACGGUUGGAGGCUGCCAGGCCUGGUGAUGCGGGUACCUACCGCUGCCUGGCCAAGGCCUACGUUCGAGGGACUGGGACCCGGCUUCGUGAGGCAGCCAGCGCCCGCUCUCGUCCGCUCCCUGUGCACGUGCGGGAGGAAGGUGUGGUGCUGGAGGCUGUGGCGCAGCUCACAGGGGGCACCGUGUACCGAGGAGAGACCGCCUCGCUACUGUGCAACAUCUCGGUGCGCGGCGGCCCCCCUGGGCUGCGGCUGGCUGCCAGCUGGUGGGUGGAGCGACAGGAGGACGGGGAGCAGAGCUCUGUCCCUGCCCAGCUGGUGGGCGGCAUGAACCAGGAUGGUGUGGCAGAGCUGGGGGUCCGGCCGGGAGGAGGCCCGGUCAGUGUGGAGCUGGUGGGGCCUCGAAGCCAUCGGCUGAGACUGCAUAGCUUGGGGCCCGAGGACGAAGGCGUGUACCACUGCACCCCCAGCGCCUGGGUGCAGCAUGCCGACUACACCUGGUACCAGGCGGGCAGCACCCGCUCGGGGCCUGUCACAGUCUACCCCUACACGCAUGCUCUAGAUACCCUACUUGUGCCCAUGCUGGUGGGUUCGGGGGUGGCCCUAGUCACGGGCGCCGUCGUCCUCGCCACUAUCACCUGCUGCUUCAUGAAGAGGCUGAGGAAGCGGUGAUCCCUCGCUCCCAGUUCUUGCAGGUGCCGACUGUCUUCCAGCCAGCUCCAAGCCCUCCUCUGGUCACCUGUACGCCCCCUCCCUCUACCCACCCUUCCUUUAAUUUAUUUGACCUGCACCUACCCAGGGCAAGAGACAAGGCCCCUACUCCUUAUACCUUCCCUCCCAAACUCCCCUCUGGCCUUCUGUUCUUGGUCUCAUACCCAUGCUGUGGGAAGGCCAUUCCCCGUCCUCAAACUAGUUUUUCUAAAAUGUGAAUAAACUUGUUUUGUAAGA